AAGUCAUGUAUAUUAGUCUUUUUCUAGCGUGAUUUUCCUUAAGCCGCUUUUCGAUUCGAUAACACGAAACAUUGGAACGUGAUGAUAACAUGCUUCAGCAAAACACCACGCAAUAUCCCUCUCUGCGUGAUAGCUGCUAUAUUUUUUUUAUGAAUAGACAACAAGGUACUGAACAACAGGCGCCGAAAGAAAAAAAAGAGACAACUUUGUGUGUUUCACACAAUGUGCUUCAAAAUUAAUUUAACUAAUUUUGUUAAUUAUGAUGGGUAAACACCAUUUUGUGUCAAUAGUAAUAAGUGUAUAUUGGUCUUAAUAACUUGGUGCUUGCUCCCUUGCUCAAUACCAGUGUCUUCUGUUCUUUUAAUGCUUACAAGGUUGACCUUUUAGCCAUAACAUAAUACCAGCAAAGGAUCACAAUUAAGUUAGCAGGUUGUCGCAGAAGGAAACGAGAAAAGAAAUUACAUGAGUUUAACCUCCCACUUUCGUCAUAUCACGUUGCUGCGGAAACAAAGUAACUACACAAUAACCGACCGCGGUUAUGAUCAAGGGAAGUCAGUUUGCUUGCAUAUAAAAGACCAUUGUUCCUAUCAUACUUUGGAACUAUUUACAUAUUGUGAUAUGGCAAGAUAACACUCACAGUCCCGUAUUCAGUACAGUGUUUAUCAUAUACUCAUCAAUCAUGCAAGGGGUAAUUUAGUCAAAGUUUUUCAAAAGUGAUUGUUUAUAAAUGUAUUCGUUAAGCGUACUAAAACGAGGUUGUUUCAUACACGAGACUUUUGGGGACUGACUGAGAAAAAGUUUCCUCGUUGAUCCACAAGAUUUAAAGCAACACAACAUUCGCACAAGAUUUAGAUCAAAACUGAGCAAAAUACGUUUCCCCUUCGUCUUGGACAAAAUUGGGAAAAUUCAACUCCUAUCAUUAAGAUUCGUCGAUGCUUUCUUCACCAGUUUUAUUCACUUAGGUUUUUAAUUAUAGGUAUUGAAAUUAUCCUUUUGUAUCUAGUAAGACUGUUUUUCUUGGUAAGCAUUCCAAAACUCCAAUUAAUUAAUUAGUCAUCCAGGCAUUUAACCACAUCUUCUAUUGUCCUUUACUUAUAUGUUUUUUGUUGACUUCGAAUUAGCUGAAAUCGAACUGUGCCAUAAAAAUUACUAGUUUACCUUGGUAAACAAAUAUUUGAAAAUGUUUCAUUGUUAACAUUGAAAACAGGGCCACCACUCGGUUAAGUGUGUGAUUACUCAGGAUCGAAGAAGUGAUUUUCCACAUGAGUGAAAACUGGUUCGGUAAUCCAUCAAAUGCUGUAGUUAACAAAAAAAGCUGACAACAUGACGUUAAUUCUCGCAUUAAUCUUCGUGUGGGCUAUAUCAUCUUUUAGCGUAUAGUCAAGAUCUUUUUGAUGAGGAAAAUAAUACUGAAACAAAAAGAAAUACGUCUACUAGUUCCAUGAAACAAUCACUGAAUAUUGCUUUUUUGUUCUAUUAAUGAAAAAACUUAGUCAUCGGCAGCAUCAUGUCUACGUUCAGAACAAAACAAGCCAGGAUAACUGUCGUCGGACUUUCGAUCAUUAUUCAUAAUUAUUUGCUACAGGUAUCUGGAAACCCUAGCUGCAAUAAUAUCAGUGUACGACUUUGCAAAUUUUAACCUCACGCGAAAAUCAGUAUAUAACGCAAGUUACGAAAAAUGUUUCACGUGCUGGAAUGCUCAUAGUACUUUUAUCACUAAUUUUACCAAGAAUAUUUGAGGCAGCGGCAAACACAUGGCUCAGAUGGCUGACAGUGAACGUUUAUAAAGGUAAUGGUAAGCACGUUAGGUUACUGUUUGCUUUUUUUAUGUCUAUUUUUAACGCACUAUGCUUCACAUGAAAACAAGGUAUUCGCACUACAACAGCAUCUGAGUAAUGAGUCUAGUGAAAUAAAAUUCUCGAAGGGAACCUUCCAGUACUGAGUAUGGAGAUGAUCAGUAAAACCACCGCAAAACCAAUAUCUUUGUGGUUAACUGUCUUAACUACUUCUUCGAAUCAAAUCGUGGGUGAGAUUAUAUAUAGUAACGAAAAAUAGUUUCUCGGAAAAGGUUCAAGACGUUAAUUUUUAUUUCAGAAAGUAUUCCCAGUUGCUGAAAUGUGCAAUUACCUCUGAUAAAAGCUAAGAUGAAUGACAGUCAUAAAAGCAUACCGACACUUAAUCAGAUAAAUUUGAUUUGACAGAUAAUAAUUUAUGGUUCCCAAAAUGGCUGCUAAAUGUUCGAGACAUAUCUAAUAACUAAACUGUUUUAACAGUUUAAAACUUUUCUUCACUUCUAAGAGUCACUUUAUUGCUUAAUCAUCUGCCAAGAACACGAGCUCUAAUAGGACGAACGAACAGAUUUUCUGGCAGUGCGUUUGAUUAUAACCUAUGCCAUGCACUUAUCUCGGAAAGCAGAUGUCUACGGAUAAAAAAAGUUACGAUUAUCGAGUUUCCUGUUUAUGUUUAUUUACAUGUAUAUCAUUUCGAUUACAGGAAGAGAUUUGCAUGGAUAAAACCUUAUGAUGAUGUGAUUUAUCACGUUUUAAACAUGAUGUGAAAUCAUGCUGUGUGAGUACUUGUAAACUACAAAACCGGUUAUGCACUUCACAACUUCUCAAUGCUAUCAGUACAGUGAUUCUGUAAGAGGAUUAAAAAAAUUUCUUUCCAUCAGCCAUGGGUAUUUCGAGACAGGGUGUAUUAAAGAGUGGGUGUUUAUCCUGUGCGUGGCGAGUAUUAGAAUACUCUAGUCGCAUCAUAUCGACAAGAUUGAUUAGUUUGGACUAAGAACAAAUUUAUUAUCCAAAAUAGGCGACGAUACAACUUGAAGAGAAGCCAAACACGAGUUUAUGCCAGACUCUACAUAACAAACUUAUAGACGUCGUUGAUGACACCAGUUAACUUACAAAUUAGAAAUUACUGUACCGCGCCAUGAUGCAAGGGUCAACCAGGACCAACUAGGAUUAUAACCAGCAAACUGAUGAUUCCAUUUAAUCCGUUCUUGAUUUAAAACAAAUUACAAAGCAUCCUUUUGUUUUUCGUUCAUUCCAUGACUGCGGUUAACCGAAGAACUCGAUAUGAAAUUCUCUAUUCACCCUGCUGGCAUCAUCAGACUUAGGGUCCUUGGGGCAAGCAUUGGACUGAGAAAGACAAAUUCAAGAACCCUAAUCAACUCAUUGUGGAAAUUGAGUCGUAGAAGGUUCAUGUUGACUUGAAGGAACGGAUAGACACCUGAAUUCGAAGACAGAAACAUCAACAGAAGGAGCUCCAAUAAAUGGGAUAUUCUCAUUACUCGUGAUUUUCAGUGAUAAAAACGCAAGACAUAAAGACAAGGCAUUCGGAGAAAGUCAUAUUGCAAAGAGUUAAAAGCAGGUAAACAAGGAAUCAAGCUUCGUUCUUCAAGACACGGUUAAAUCAUUUGCAUUCUGGCUCAACGCAACUCGUAUUACCCAAACAAUGGCGUACUCUAUUAGGUCUCCAGAUUUAGUGAUUGUGAAAAGAUCACGUCAGAGGAACGUUAGCAGUAUUUCUUCCACAACUUAAGGUUCUGACAGAUCUUCAAGUGCAAGAUAUUGUCGAGUUCCUGUCUGUUAUCAAACUAAAACGAAACGUUCUACCAAAGAGGUGUCAACCUGUCAUCGCCGGUACUCCACCAAAGGUGUUCCAGUUCUCAACCCGAAGACAAAAGGACAACCAAAGAAAAAGAGAAGCCUCAUAUCAAGGCAUUAAGAGCUCGUCGCCUUGAAGAUGGAUUUCACUUCCACUAUCGCAGCAAAGAACAUCAGCAAUGUGUCAACCACAGCGCCACCGCCUGUAGGCGGAUUGUACGAUCCACUAUGGGCCAUCGUACUACGCUGGACUAUAGGAGGCAUUAUAGUUCUUGUGGGGUCCGUUGGCAAUGUUAUGGUUUGCGCUGUGGUGUAUAAGAACCAAAGAAUGCAGACAGCCAUGAACCUGUUUCUUGUGAAUUUGGCAGUGUGGGAUAUACUUGUGUGCUUAUUCAACAUUCCGUUCACAUUGAUUUACAAUCAGUUAAAGUCUUGGCCUUUUGGACUCUUCUGGUGCAAGACAAUGCCGACCUUGCAGGUUAUGAAUCUCAGUGCAUCUACUGGUUCGCUGGUAGCCAUCACCAUUGAACGUUAUCGUGCAAUCUGCCUUCCAUUCACACCACCCCUGUCAAAAUUUCAAGCGAAGCUAAUAAUAGCAGUCGUUUCAAUGACCUCCUUUCUGGUCGCCCUGCCUGAAGUGGGGGCUUACCAGCUAGGUCCACCAUUUGGCUGCGGGGAAUUUUUCCCAACCCCAACUCUAAGAAAGGCAUAUUCGCUUCUUCUCUUCCUGGCCUGCUACCUGUUACCGCUGUUGUUUAUUGCCCCAGCUUACACAAGGAUGAUCUAUAAAUUAUGGAACGACCGAGACGAAAACUCUCCAGGCAGUGGAGUGUCCGAGGAUCCCAAAAACAGUAAAAGAAAACGAAACGUUCUCAAGAUGAUGGUCAUUGUUGUCGUAUGUUAUGCUAUUUGUAUGAUGCCUACGUAUGCCAUGUUCCUGUGGCUUGACUUCGGUUUAACAGGAGAUCCACCGUUUUACUUCUUUACACUACUUGGUUUUACGCAGAUCGUAAAUUUCUUCAACAGCUGUGUAAACCCUAUCAUUUACUGGUGCCUUAGUGAUCAGUUCUCUAAAGGAUUCAAGAAAAUUUUACGGUGCCACAAAUUCGGUUCAUGGACUAGACAACAUUCGUCUACGUCGUCAUCUGAGCCAAACGUUCAAUCUGCUGCUAAUCCCAACACUGUACCCACAAAAGUAUGACGUGAGGGUGAGACACAAUGAAUAGGGGCUGCACGAAGAUGGUUGUCUAGUUAGUUCAACGUGAACGUUGUAGAACGGCAGCGUCAAUUCUCCAUGGCGUUUACAUUGAGAAUGUGACAGGAAUCCGAAUCAGCAUAGAGCUGGUCGAGCACUCUACCGGCAAGGAUUUAUACUGUAACAAGCAUGUGACAAAAUGUAACGGUGUUGUUUCACACAACGCUGGAAACUUCUGAAACCGUCGCCAAGUUACAAGAGAUCUACAUUGCAGUGGACUACAGUUGGAGCAGGAUUUGGAAGGACAGAAAUAACAGUAAUACGCUCUUUGAGCCAAUUCUCUAUUUUCCAACUGCCCAUAAUUCACUCUGUUUGCUCCCCAAAUUUUGCAUAAACUAUUGUUGUGAAAUGCUCUUGGGAAUAUGCAGACCUCCCAAGAGUAUUUGACAACAAUGGUUUAUACAAAAUUUGGGGGGCAAACAGAGUGAAUUAAGGCCAAUUGGAAGAAUAGAAGAAUAGAGAAUGCAAAGGCAAAGACUUUAAUUUGCAGCUGAGUGUACGACGAAAGUUAAGAUUGGGAAUCCUGUGAUCCGAAAAACGCGUAAGAACAAAACGGUUUUACGGUUGGAAGAGGGCUUAGCACUUGAUGAUGGAUACAUAUUUUAUGCCCGACAUAAUGGUGUCAAGCUGUGUCAGAACUCCGGUACUGACGUUACUGGGGAAUAGGCGGGCUCUAACUACCGAUAUAAACCGUGAAUGCAUGGCCACCUAUGCUCGCCAAAAAGCCGUACCAAAGAGGGCAAAGUUGAAGCUAUACCUACAUAUUUUAGAAGAAAGAGUCAAAUUAUUAGUUGGUUAUUGCUUCGAUGCGCACCCUAAACUGAACAAUCCCUCUAGCUGGACAAAGUUUUAGUUACUUAGGCAAAAACAAAAAUAUGUUAACGUUCGAA